AUGGGGGGGAUAGACCGGCGGCGGAGAGUAUCUCUGGCUCUUACCUUGAACUUCCUCGCGCUGAUUCUAGCCGUGUCUGCGUUGACUACCAGCUACUGGUGCGAGGGGACACGGAAAGUGGCGAAACCUUUCUGUACCGGACCCGUCACCACCACCAGACAGUCGUUCUGUAUCAGGUUCAACAGCUCGAACAUUAAUGAUAGCAGACUGGUCCAGUACAUCUGGGAGACCGGUGAAGAUAAGUACCUCAUGAGGAAGUUCCACACCGGGAUCUGGUUUUCGUGCGAGGAGAACGUCAAUAUGACAGGUAAGAGAGAUAAACUCCUGGAGAAAAACUUUUUCGCGCACUGCGAUGUGACGCAGCUGUACGCAUUGAACUAGCCUGUUUUUUAAUUGAAAGUUACAAUUGGGUUCUCAGAAUCAAAGACUGCUAAUUUGUAGGCUAUGUCUAUGUAUUCGUUCUUGUCUUUUGAGUGAAAUGACCAUAGCUUUUAUGUGAGCUGCCAGCACACUCACACACACAUUAACAUAAUCGUCUGUAUGUAAUUACGCACUCACACAAAAUUCUACAAAAUGUGACUGUGGUUGUUUUUCUCUGAAAUGUUCACAAUCAAAUAGGUACAUUUUACAUGCAAAAAAAAACGAACAAACACGUGUUCUAAUAAACAGAUGAGAAACUAGAAAAAUCAUAAUAUUUAAUUUUGCUGUAGUUCAAACAAUAACAAAGCGGGAACCCCGCCACUGUUUUGUAAAAAAAAAAAACGGAGGAAUGGGGCUGAAGAAAUGUAACCGCUCUCAAAUUCAUAGACAGCACUACGGAUACAAGGACUGACCAUCCAUGAUAUCAAAAUUCUAGGUCAAGGUCCCGAUGAGCAGCUGAGUAGUAGAAUCAGGUGUUUCAACAGGGAUGGAGCUAAAGACUGCACUGGGUUAGCCAACCCUUUACCAAGGCAUGCACUUUAGAAAUCUGAUGAUUGAGUGUUUGAUUGUAUUGUGUGUGAUUGUGUGGCAUAUUCUAUUUCAGGUGAAAACUGCAGAAGUUUCAUCUAUGUUGCACCUUCACACGAAAGAGGUAGGUUUUUGCGUGAUUGCAUGUUAUUACAUUGUAAUAGAUGUGUUAACAAAAAAUGUUCUAUGCAUCUGUGAAUGGCUAUGGAUGUGGUUUUAUUAUUUCAAGAUUCCAGUCAUCUCUCAUAUAAGGAAUAGCAAGUGCAGCUCAAAGCGUGAAAAUUGAACCCAGUCCCUUAAUAACCAUGGAGUAGGGUCACAUGCAGGGCCCAACUGAGAUUGAAGUGAUCCUUAGAUUUAUUUGGAAGUGUCAAUUAAAAAGUGCAAACCUAGCAGAAUUUAAGAGGAUUAGAAAUGCUGCGUUGUCCUGGGGAGCUACUGCACUGUAACAAAUUGCUGUAAAUUUACAGCAACACUUUUACAGUAACUCUAUAUUACAGUACAGUACUAUAAAGGCCAAUGCAUUUUGGGGGCUCAAUGGCAUUCCUCUAAACUGCUGUAAAAUUACAGCGAUUGCUGUACUUUUAUAAUACAAAUUUACAGUAAAUUAAUGUAUGAUCUGUUUUGCUGUAUAUUUACAGCAGCAUACUGUGAAUGAUGGUGCAUUGUAGGAAAAUGUUUUGGGCGUCGAAAUAAUCUCUGUCACAUUAACAUAUUUUGAGGCGUGCCUUGUAAGUGGCUAUAUUUGUUGCAACCAUUAGUGAGAAUGCUCUACCCCACUGAAUAGAGUACCAUAUCGUAUGUGUUUAUAAAAUAUAUGUCCUGUAAGUCUACAGUAAAUUAUGAAUAGAAGCUCGCCGCCCACUCAGCCUGUCUUUUCAAACUUCUUGGUAGUUAGCCAUGAGAGAAAAAGUAAUUUUCAGAAUUACUGUUCAGGACCUUUAAACAGUUUAACCUCUAUGGGAUCGGUGUCCCGUAUACUGGACGGUUGAGCUAACGUGAUUAGCAUGACUGUUGAAAGUAACAGCAAACUUUCAAGGACAUAGACAUGUCUUAUAUGGGCAGAAAGCUUACAUUCUUGUUAAUCUAACUGCACUGUCGAAUUUACAGUAGCUAUUACAGUGAAAAAAUACCAUGCUAUUGUUUGAGGAGAGUGCACAACAACAAAAAACGUAUCACUGCAACUGGUUUGAUACAUUCACCUCUGAAGGUAAAUAAUGUACUUACAUUCAGUAAUCUUGCUCUGAUUUGUCAUGCUAAGGGUCCCAGAGAUAAAAUGCAGCAUAGUUUUGUUUGAUAAAAUCCAUUUUUAUAUUCAAAUGUAGGAACUGGGUUCUACAGUUUGAACCCCUGCUGUCUCUGGCUCCACACCCACCCCGCCCAGCCAUCUAGAUGUGUGAAAGUUAGCGUAUAAGCUAAUGAUCCAUCAUGUUUGACAUUCCUGGGAGUGUGUAAACUUACAUUUUGUAUUACCUUACCAUUUUUGUGUGUUCUGUAUAGUUAUAUACUUGAAAAGGUAUCAAUUGACCAAUUCGGCACAUUUGGGCAGACUUGAUACAAAAUAGUCCAGUAUUGCAAUGCUUCACUGGAUCAAUAUGAAACCUUGCACACACACUUCUGCCAUCUAGUGGCCAAAAUCUAAAUUGCGCCUAAACUGUAAUAUUAUAUUGUGGCCUUUCUCUUGCAUUUCAAAGAUGAUAAAAAUAAAUAAACGCAGGACCACAAACUUCAAAGUGUUUCCUUUCAAAUGGUAUCAAGAAUAUGCAUAUCCUUGCUUCAUGUCCUGAGCUACAGGCAGUAAGAUUUGGGUAUGUCAUUUGAUGCGAAAAUUGAAAAAAAGGGGUCCUAUCCUGAAGAUGUUAAUGGUUUAAUAUUUACCCUUUAAGGCCUCUACUAUAUCUGGUAGUGAUAUAAAAUACAAAUGAUUCAUUGGUAUACUGGAAUAUAGAAUUACAUAACUGUUACCAAUUGCUGUAGUAUUAUUAAAAUACAAUUUAACAAAGUACUGUAUUGCUGUUUUACUGUAUAUUCACUGCAGCAUUCUGUACAUUAUAGUGCAUUGUGGAAAAAUGUUUGGGGAGGGGGAAAGAAUCGCUGAUUCAUUAACAUCUUUGAAGGCUUGCCUUGUAAGUGGCUACAUUUGUUGCACCUGUUAGUGAGAAUGCUUUACCAAUUCAACUGACAUGUGGUAGUAAUGCCAUAAUAAUUCAAUGUAUAAUGUGGAUCUUAAACCUUUAUUGGUUGAAUAUUAAGCCACAUCCUGUAAUCAUGGCCAGUUUUGAAGUUUUUGUUUAGGUCUCUAGAAGUGCAAGUGUUAUAAAACACCAAAUAUUCAUAAAUAUUCUGUAAUGUACAAAUAUCUAGCGGCCAACCUGCUUGACCAAUCCCAUGUAGUUACAGUAAAAUACCAACAUGAUUACAGCAGCAUUUACUUUCUUACAGUAUUGUACUGUGCCAUUGCUCUGCAUUUUCCAGUAACUUACAGGAAGCUGGUGGAACGUUACUGUGAAUAUUACAAUGAUUUACCUUGCGCUAGCCAGAGAUAGGCAGAGAUGCAUUCAAAAGGUACCGUGUAACAAAUACAGGAUACAAUCUAUCCUUAACUACAGCAACAUUCCCAGUAAUGGUUACAGAAACAUUUUACUUGCUAUGACUGUGAUACACUACACUACAUGUGAUACAUUACUAAAGGCCUUCAAAUUAGUGGAUUUGGCUAUUUCAGCCACACUGGGUGUGUAAAAUUGAGCACACAAGCUCACAGAAUGGGACCGCCGAGUGCUGAAGCGCGUAGCGCGUACAAAUCGUCUGUCCUCGGUUGCAACACUCACUACCGAGUUCCAAACUGUCAGCACAAGAACUGUUCGUCGGGUGCUUCAUGAAAUGGGUUUCCAUGGCACACAAACCUAAGAUCACCAUGCGCAAUGCCAAGCGUUGGCUGGAGUGGUGUAAAGCUCGCCGCCAUUGGACUCUGGAGCAGUGAUGAAUCACGCUUCACCAUCUGCCAGUCCGACGGAUUAAUCUGGGUUUGACGGAUGCCAGGAGAUCCCUACCUGCCCGAAUGCAUAGUGCCAACUGUAAAGUUUGGUGGAGAAGGAAUAAUGGUCUGGAGCUGCUUUUCAUGGUUCAGGCUCUUUAGUUCCAGUGCAGGGAAAUCUUAACGCUACAGCAAACAAUGACAUUCUAGACGAUUCUGUGCUUCCAACUUUGUGGCAACAGUUUGGGGAAGGCCUUUUCCUGUUUCAGCAUGACAAUGCCCCCGUGCACAAAGCGAGGUUCAUACAGAAAUGGUUUGUUGAGAUUGGUGUGGAAGAACUUGACUGGCCUGCACAGAGCCCUGACCUCAACCCCAUCAAACACCUUUGGGAUGAAUUGGAAUGCUGACUGCGAGCCAGGCCUAAUCGCCCAACAUCAGUAACUGACCUCACUAAUGCUCUUGUGGCUGAAUGGUCCCCGCAGCAAUGUUCCAACAUCUAGUGGAAAGCCUUCCCAGAAGAGUGGAGGCUGUUAUAGCAGCAAAGGGGGGACAAACUCCAUAUUAAUGCCCAUGAUUUUGAAAUUAGAUGUUCGACGAGCAGGUGUCCACAUACUUUUGGUCAUUUAGUGUAUGUGUUUUUUUUAAUCAACCUUAGAUGAAUGCACUGACUGUAAGUCGCUCUGGAUAAAAGUGUCUGCUAAAUGACCAAACUGUAAAUGUUAAAAAUGAACGCACUGCUGGUAUUAUUCUAAUAAGCUCUGCCUUAAUCUAUUUCUAUUUUAAUCACAUUUGGCCUUGUUUGGGGGCAGAAUACAGUAAUACCCAGCAGUGUGCUUUGCAAGUGUUCAUUUUGACAUUUUCAUUUUGGUCAUUUAGCAGACACUCUUAUCCAGACCGACUUACAUCAAUGUAUGAAAUUAAGGUAAACAUGCAUAUACCUGUCACGACUUCCGCAGAGGCUGCCUCCCCUCCUGGUUCGGGCAGGCUUCGGCGUUCGUCGUCACCGGCUUACUAACCACUGCCGCCCCAAUUAUCAUCAUCACAUUUGUCUUGUCUUGUCAAUCACACACACCUGGUUCUAAUCCCCUCAUUAGUCGGUGUAUAAGUGUUCCCUCUGCCGCCUUGUCCUUGUGAGUGAUUGUUUGUAUGUGAGAGUAGUGGAGCUCGGUGGAGCUACUCGUACCAUUUUGUUGCCAGGGUAGAUAUUUCCCCUGUGCCUAUGUAUUGUAUGGAGAUACCGUUACAGUGUAUUGCCAGGGUAGAGAGUUUCCCCUGUGCGUGUUUCGUUUGUCGCUAUUCCAGCGUAUUUUGUGUAACGAAGGAAUAAACUCUGUAUUCUGUGAUUUACCCUCCUGAUUUACCCUUCUAUCACACUCAUCACAAUACCACAGUCAUAGCAAGUAAAAAUAUUGUGUUACGGAGAAUGUUGUAGUUAAGCGGUCAACUUGCAAGUAUAUAUUUGUGUAAAAUAAAAACAUGUAUUGUAAUUAAACUGUACCAAAAAAAAUACGCUACAUGAAUUGUAGUUCAGGCCAGUGAAAUGCAAAUGAUAAAAUAGGUAUUGAACGUAUUAAAAUACAUAUAUCAAAUACAUGUAACAGAAAUAGUGCCCGCUUUCAAACACCGACCUCUACUGGACACCGUACUUACACAUAUAGUUAGGAUGUAGUUUCUCCUGACCGGUAUCUUAGCAGGUCGAGGAGGGAACUAUGGAACACUGACGGUAUGAGGUUGAAUCCUGUUGAAGGGACAUUAUUUAGAAAAAUGCUUUAUGUGAAACCACACUUUCUGCACUGUUGUUCAAAUAAUUUGUUUUAUUUAGUAGAGUAUAAGCUUCUGUCUUAAACAUCCUUAAUAAUGCCAUAGAUUUCAGUUUUAGAAAAAUAGUAAACUUGAAGGCAAAAAGUUAAGCAUGAUGUAAGAUGAGAACCUGGUAUUCCAACUGAUUAUAGGUUACUGAAGCCAACGACUUUCCUCUGCGCCACGGAGUUUUGAUGGAAACAGUGGAGGAAGAAAAAAAUUGAUCUGACAAUCACACGCUGCUAUCACUCCGCCCUUAAUCAGUCAGACAUUCCUCCUUCGUUUGUUUGACCUCCUCUGUGUCGGCACAUUCUCUCCGUGCCUAAUUCACUUCAAUACAAAAUACUGUUCAACACACACACCCGCACACACACAUCCUCUUUGUGCCUAAUUUGAGUCCAAUGUUACUGUCUCUGAACCCAAAAGGGGCAUUAUUAUGACACAUUUCUAACUGACUUUUGUUGGUUUUAAUGGAUUCGAUCUCAGUUAUGAUUCGAUUUAAUCCAAUAAAUCCAUACCUUUCUCUGUGCUUUUGUGAUGGGGGAUACGUUGUCUAGGAAAUGUAAGUUAUAGUACUAGCUAAAGGGAUACUCUCAGGUAGACCAAAAAAAAAGUACAAAACUGCAAAAGAGACACGUAUGUGAGAUUCAUUUGAAUAAAUCACAGACUACCUUCAUCUUUUUAAUAUGCACCUUAAUCCUGCCAUGAAAUUAAAAUGAUCACCUUUGAUUAAUCUUUGAAAUCCCAUUUAAGAGUUUGGUCGGAACAAGUAAAAAAUGAUUGCUCUAUCGCUAAGAGAUAUGAACAGAUUAAAUUAUUCAUCUAGUGCCAGGCCUACUUUUAACUUUUACAUUCUAACUAUGGUUAUUUUGGCAGCGCUUAACAUUUCCCACAGAUCUUAUAGCAAAGAAACGAACAGUGUUAUAAUCUAUGUAAUUAGUAAUAACAUGUAGUUAUUAUUGUCAAGCCACGGGGUAACGCUUUACAUUAACUUACCCCCUACUACUAUGUAACUACACAGUAAUAACAUGUAGUAACAACGUAGUAACAACAUCCGUUAUUGAACAACUGGAACAAGGAUUGUGUAAUUACACAUCCCACUUGCUGAAGGUUAUUCCACAUUUUCUUGUUCCACUUAUGUAACUACUGUUUUGCAAUUACACGUUUGAAAGUCACCUGUUAAUUACCAUGUUAAUAACCAAAUUGUAACUACAUGGUGCCGCUACCGUCAAAUCCACAGGUAUUCCCAGGGUUAAUACCAUCUUAAUCUAAUAAACUAGGAGCUGGUAACAAGAAUUGUAACAAGACACACCUUGCCAUUAACCACAGCUUGUUUUCAGUGGUUUAUUUCUAUGUUUUAACCUGGCCCAAAGGGUAUAUUCAAUCAAAUGUUAUGUAAACUUCAAUGUUGUUACAAUGGAUACGCUUGUAUUUAUAAUGUACCCACUCAGGAGUAAGCAACUUAAUGUAAAGUGAAAUAACGUUUUAAUUACUAUGUCGUUACAAUGUAACAGCACUUUUGGAGAAAUAGGCUAACCAGGAGAAAUGAGGAGACAGGAUAAUAUUAAUUAUAACCGUUGUAAUUACAUUGUACUUACAAUAUAACCAUUUUAUAACCACCAACUCUUAUUACAAUGUUGUUACAAAUUAUGUACAUGUAUUUUUAUAAUGUGCUUAUCUAGGAGCAAGCAAUUUAAUGUAAAGUAAAAUAACUUGUUAAUUGCUUAUGUAAUUACAAUGUAACAACCUUUGCAGUCAAUAGUCUUACUAGGAGCAAUAAGGAGAAAAUGUUCUGUUUGACUUUUCUAUAAUGGGUUUAACAAAGAUUAAUAUUCAAAGCAUUCAAAUUCAAUUCCCUGUUUCAGACACAUAGCAAUAACUACUUUAGCGAGUAAAAUGUACAAGAAGCCGGUGAAGAAGCCGGAUGUGGAGGUCUUGGGCUGGCGUGGUUACACGUGGUCUGCAGUUGUGAGGCUGGUUGGACAUAAUGCCAAAUUCUCUAAAACGACGUUGGAGGCGGCUUAUGGUAGAGAAAUUAACAUUCAAUUAUCUGUCAACAGCUCUGGUGGACAUUCCUGCAGUCAGCAUGCCAAUUGCAUGAAUUGUGUUGUGUGACAAAACUGUACAUUUUAGAGUGGCCUUAUAUUGUCCCCAGCACAAGGUGCACAUGUGUAAGGCUCAUGCUAUUUAAUCAGCUUCUUGAUAUGCCACACCUGUCAGGUGGAUGGAUUACCUUGGCAAAAUGAGAAAUGCUCACUAACAGGGCAGUAAACAAAUUUGUGCACAACAUUUGAGAAACUUAAUAUUAUUGUGCGUAUGGAACAUUUCUGGGAUCUUUACAUGUUGCAUUUAUAUUUUUUGUUCAGUAAUAGGUAGUCUACCCGCACUGUAUCUGUGUAGUGUUGGCUACAGCGUAUAUGCCAAGACCAGUGUAAGCACAUUUGCUAUAUAACUCAACAGUGUUUGUGACAAAACCAUCAGUAGAGUUUUGAAACCAAUUUAACUUGUAUCUUUCAUUCGGUACAUGGGAAUUUAACGGCAAACGUUAUCUUAUAUGCACUACGUCAUCACGGACAGCCUUCUGCACAUAGUCAGUUUGAUAGAAACACAUCUCUGGUGGGAAAAUGCGCAUAUUGUUUUAUUAAGAUUUUAGAAUAUUCAUAUGAAAAUCUGUCUCAAAUUGGAUGGAAACCUAGCUAUAGUGGAACAAGAAGAUGUGUAAUAACAUGCUGGAAUAAGCUUCAGCAAGUGGACGUGUAAUUACACAGUCCCUGUUCCAGAUGUCUUAUAACCGCUAAACCCUAUGACCACGUAAUAGCAUAGUAAUACUAAGUCGUUACUAUGUUGUUACUACGUUGUGACUUCAUUGUUACUAUGGUUUUACUAUGUUGUUACUGUGUUGCUACUGUGUUAUUGUGUUGUUACUGUGUUAUUACCAUGUUGUUACCAUGUUGUUAGUAUGUUCUUACUACGUUGUUACUAUGUUGUUACUAUGUUGUUACUACGUUGUUAAUACGUUGUUACUACGUUGUUACUAUGUUCUUACUACGUUGUUACUAUGUUGUUACUACGUUGUUACUAUGUUGUUACUAUGUUGUUACUACGUUGUUAAUACGUUGUUACUAUGUUGUUACUAUGUUGUUACUACGUUGUUACUAUGUUGUUACUACGUUGUUACUAUGUUCUUACUACGUUGUUACUAUGUUGUUACUACGUUGUUACUAUGUUGUUACUAUGUUGUUACUACAUUGUUACUACGUUGUUACUAUGUUGUUACUACGUUGUUACUACGUUGUUACUACGUUGUUACUACAGUUAUAACUGUGUAGUUGCAUAGUAAUAGAUCAUAUCAAGGACCAUUCUUCCCAUCAUACCCAGGCAGCGAGUCAAGUGGUCUGUCUGUCUGUCUCUCUCUUAGAGACAGAUGCAUCUUCACCGUUACACUGGAGGUUAAUGAUAUGGUGAAUGGGUCACUGGUCCAACUCCCUUACCUCCCCCUCUGUUUAUGUGUCUCUCUAUUCCCCUCCCUCUCCAUCCCUCCCUCAUCACUGUCUCUUUCUCCCCCCCUCUCUCUCUCUGUCGCUCCCUCUCCCUCCCUCUCUCCUUCUGUAGGAGUGCUGUGGCUGUGUAUCGUGGCAGAGUGUCUGUAUAUUCUCCUCCUGUCCACCGGAGGCAUCCUCAUGUCCAUAGAGGCAUGUCACUUAGGAAACGUCAUCAACGGCCUCAAACUCAACGCCUUCGCUGCCAUAUUCACUGUCCUGUCAGGUAACAACACUUUACAUGCUCUCUUUUGUGUGCGUGCCUCUCAGUCCCUUUUCUCCACUCCUCAUUAUUCCUCUCGGUUAGAAAAGUAUUUUGUUUGUUUGUUUGUUGCUGAUUGGGACUAUAGAAACCCUGCAGAUCAACACGGUCUUCACACUGGAAGCUUUACUCAGCGAGGGGCCCUAA